UACGAAGUAUGGAGCUCCAUCCGAAAUCUGGGUUCAUUACCAAGUCACAGAUUACAAACUUGACCGCAUGGGUAUCGACAUCACCAUUCAGUGGUUUGACAAGCCAGCCACCAGAAUGCCUGAAGGAAUCUUCCUAUCCUUUGAACCCACCCUUCAGGAUGGCUACGGGUGGAUGAUGUCCAAGUCAGGUCAGAUGAUCGACCCAAUGAAUGUGGUAUUGAAUGGCAGUCAGAGACUCCAUGCCAUCGACAGGGGAGUAUCUUACACAGACAAGGACGGCAAUGGUAUAGAAUUCACGUCCAAAGAUGUAGCAUUAGUUUCGACAAUCACAAAGACUCUCCCAGGAACAGCAUUACCCCUACCACUUCACCAGACCGACGCGAUCACUGGUGUGUCCUACAACCUCUUCAAUAACUUAUGGAAUUUAAAUUACGUCCUAUGGUAUCCCUUUAGUAAGGGCGAUGAGGACUUCAAAGCCAGGUUCUCCAUCAAUUUAUUGCACCAGAAAUUGAAAGCCUGGCCAAAGAUUUCUGCAUCUCGGAGCUACACAGAAGGAACCAAAUUUGAAAGACUAUAAUUUGAAAAUUCUUCAAAACAGUUUUGCAAUGCCACACGUAUAUUGCAGAAAUGGCAUUGUGCUCUGGUUUGUGUAACUGCUAUGCUCAUUGAAACAUCCCACCUAAUUUAGGACUUGGAAAUGUCCUGCUGAUUCUGCAUUUAUUAUGGGAUCCACUGUUAAACUUGAGGAAGCUGUGGAUAUCAGUGGACCAAAAAGAAGAGAACAUGUAUGGAGAAGGUGAAUUUUAGAAA